AACUCAUCGGCCCUACCUUUUCUUCUUCACCCUUUCUUGUUUAAUUCUCGUUUUCCCCAUUGCGCACGCCAAUGGAUCCAUAGAAACGGUGACCGGGAACUCCGACUCUAAUUGAACUUGACUCCAGCAGCCAACCCCCGAAAGCCACCCAGCGCAAACCAUCCACCGAAACCUCGAACUCCCCGACCGAUUAGACCAUGGCCCUCGCCGGCGUCUUCAAGUCGCUUGGCGCGACCAACAUCAACUCCAACUACAGCAUAUCUUCCACCCUUACGACGACAGCCGGACCAUGGAAGAUCUACCCGGCCAAGAAGAAGUCCACCGGCAAGGAGUACUCGGUCUUCGUCUUCGAUAGGAAAAUACUCGAUGCGCAUAGCAAAGAUCUCAGUCGGUCCAGCGCCGCCGGCUUUAAGAAGGUGGUGGAAGAGGUGGUUGAGCGGCUGAAGAAGGAGGCCUCUUCGCUGGCCAGGCUACGGCAUCCCGCCAUUUUGGAGCUCGUCGAACCGGUGGAGGAAACAAGAGGCGGAGGUCUACAAUUCGUCACGGAACCAGUCACAACAUCACUCGCGGCAGUAUUACAAGAGAAGGAUGACCAGGAAAGAAAUCAUGGUGUCGGUGGCCGAUCAAGUCGCUAUGUCAGAGAGGAACCCGACGGCACCCGGAGGAGGCGCGAGGUGGAAAUAGACGAGCUGGAGUAUCAGAAGGGAUUGCUACAAGUCAGCAAAGCUUUGGAGUUCCUACACGAGAAUGCCGGACUGGUCCACGGCAACCUGACCCCAGAUGCUAUUCUUAUUAAUGCCAAGUCAGACUGGAAGGUCAGUGGCCUCGCUUUCUGCAGCCCACAGCAAGACUCGAACAAGCCGACGUCGAUACAACCGAUCAGUCUUUCAGAGGUUCUGCACUAUGAGCCCAGGUUACCUCGAACUGUCCAGAUGAACCUCGACUAUACUUCCCCUGACUUUGUCCUCGACAACAACCUCACAUCUUCCGCCGAUAUGUUCUCGUUGGGUCUACUCUGUAUAUCUCUAUACAACUCGCCCCAUCGGUCACCAUUCGAGUGCAACUCGAGUUUGUCUUCCUACAAAAGGCACUUCCAGUCUUCACAAGGCGUGCCGUCGUCAACCAACAACUACCUCUGUUCUCGCGAGCUACCCAAAGAGCUUGCCAACCAUGUCCUGCCACGGCUUAUCACGCGAAGGCCGGCCACCCGGAUGACGGCCAAGGAGUUUCAGCAGAGCGAAUACUUCAACAAUAUUAUGGUCAAGACUCUACGAUUCCUAGAUACUUUCCCGGCCAAGACGCCCAAUGAGAAGCAGGCGUUCUUGAGGGGAUUGAUCAAGGUUCUACCAGAUUUUCCCAACUCCGUGAUGGAGAAGAAGAUACUUCCAGGGUUGUUGGAGGAGAUGAAGGACAAGGAACUCAUAUCGUUGAUUCUGCACAAUAUCUUCAAGAUUGUCGAGCUUUUACCGUCUACGGCCGGCAAGAGAGCUUUUGGAGACCGAGUACGACCGGUGAUCAAGGAGAUCUUUGUCACAAACGCAAAACAGGCACAGGAACGAGAUCCUGCUAGGGAUGCGGGUUUGAUGAUCAUCAUUGAGCAGUUGCAUGUUAUUGUUGGAGCCUGUCCUGGGAAGGAAUUUAAGGAUGACAUCCUCCCCAUCAUCUUCGCCGCCCUGGAGUCUCCAACCCCCGUCCUAGUCGGCGCAGCACUCCAAAGUCUCCCAAGCGUCCUCCCAGUCCUAGACUUUAGCACCAUCAAGAACGAGCUCUUUCCCGUAGUCGCCAUGAUCUUCAGCAAAACCAACAGUCUCGCCAUCAAAGUCCGCGGUCUUCAAGCUUUCGUCGUCCUCUGCGGCGGCUCCACUGACCCCUUGGCGAACAACGACGGCCUCGACGGACUCGGUCCCAGCGAACGGAAACCUUCGUCCAGCUCUAGUGCGCUAGACAAGUUUACCAUGCAGGAGAAGAUCGUACCCCUGAUCAAGGCCAUCAAAACCAAGGAACCGGCCGUCAUGAUUGCCGCCCUGAACGUUUUGCGGAUCGUGGGGAAAGUAGCUGAUGCCGACUUUGUGGCUAUGGAAAUCUUGCCCAUAUUGUGGGCGAUGAGCCUAACGCCCUUGCUCGACCUCAGGCAGUUCCAGUCUUUCAUGGAUCUCAUCAAGAGCUUGUCCAAACGGGUGGAAGACGAACAGACCAAGAAACUGCAGGAGCUCAACGGCGGUAAUACCUCCGGUCCAGCAGAAGACUUCAUGUCCCUAGGCGGGCUAUCCGGUUCCUCAGCUCUAGACACGAACGGGACAUCAGCCAACGAUUUCGCGGCUCUAGUAGGCGGCGGUGGUAAUACUAACAAUAACACCAGCCCGCUCGACUCCGGCGGAUGGGACAACGCCCUAACCUCCGGCUCCAAACCGCCGGUAACCUCCCCCGGCGUCCGCUCCGGCACCGGCACCGGCCGCUCCACUCCCGCCGCGACCUUCUCUUGGUCAUCCACUCCCCCCGCCACCACCACUGCGCCCUCGACAACCCUCAAACCCCAAACCACCGGCUCCAACUUCCGCACUGUUACACCAGAUCUCAACUCCUUCCAGGCUCUAACUCCCCAAUCUACUCAAUUCUCUCAGCCGCUUCAACCUACCCCCUCCACAAUCACCUCCCCAACAGGUAUUGGUAUCAACUGGGGCGCGGCCACUCAAGCGCAGGCAAAUCCCUGGUCAUCAACACCCGCAUCAACCGUCACCUCUCCCUCUAUCGCUCCGCCGACAAAUGCCUUUGGGAAUAUGAACCUAGGCCAGUUAUCUAGCAAUUCCCGAACCAGCUCUUCAUUUUCAUUACAACCACCACCGUCGGCGUCGGCGGUUUCUACACCCGGGUUUGGCUCGGGGACUGGCGGAUUCAGCCUAGCACCACCACCCAAGGCUCCUGCGCAGAGUGGCGCGCCGACGACGACGACGACGACUUGGGGGAGUGGGAGUGGGUCGUUUGGGAACUUGAGCCUGGGGAGUAUCAAUAAUGGUGCUAAUAGCAUGGGGAAUAUGAUGGCUGCUAAGAGCAAUACCGGUGGUAUGAUGGGGUCUGGGUUUGGUGGGAUGGGUGGUAUGGGGGGGACAAGUAUGGGAAUGAUGCAACCCCUCCAACCGCAAUCAUCUGGUUGGGGAACACCAUUACAGCCUCAACAAGCGCGAGCACAACAGCAGCAUCAGCAGCAACAGAACAAGUCUGGCUUGGAUAAGUAUGAGAGUUUACUGUGAAGCUCGAACGGAACGACAGAAAGGGGUGAAGAGAGGAGGCGCAGCAGAUCUGAUGAGUAGAUCUGGGAAGUAG